CACACACACACACACACACACACACACACACACACUCUCAGACACACACACACACACACACACACACACUCAGAGCGUGGCUGCGGCGGCGUGCCGGGGACAGGAAGUGGAUCUCAGCGUCUCAGAAUAAAUGUCCUCAGCGGCUGAGUCAGAAGCCCCGCCCACAGGAAGAUGAUCAAAAUGUCCCUGGACAAAGACGUCGCCGUCGUCGGUGACCGGACAUUACAGGAGGUGCCUAUCAAAGUUAGCCCCGCCUUCCCGGCACCCGUCAGCCUAUCAGAGGAGACCAAGCUCGUGAAGACACGCCCACUCCGCCCCAAAAAUGGGAUUCAACCCUCCAACAACGGUCAGGCCCCUCCCACUGUGCCCUCUCAGCGAAUCAGCAAGCGGCGCUACUCCAUGGGCGUCGGCUUCAAGGGCCUGGCCAAGCGCCGUCGCCGCGUCAACAGCGACAGCCAAUCAGAGCCUGUCCUGCCAAGUCACUUCUUGUUGGGCGGGAACAUCUUUGACCCUCUGAACCUGAACUCGCUGAUGGACGAGGACGUCAACAGAGCCACCAAUCAGGAGACUCCCAAGUGCUCGCCCCUGCCGUCGCGGGGCGGAGACCCCGUGGAGAUCCUGGUUCCCCGUGACAUCACCGACCCCCUCAACCUGAAGGGCGGCGGAGAGGAGGGCGUAGAGGGGGGCGGAGUCCUGCUGUCGCCCCUCAAAAGCAGGAGGAGGCACCGGAACCGCCACCACGGGGGAGGGGCCUGCGCGGGGGAGGGGCCAGAACGGACGAGGGGCGUGGCCGGAGCCGAGGGAGGAGGAGGAGGAGGAGCAGAGAGGGAGGUGAACCCGGCGCGGCUGUUUCCCUCCAGAACAACAGUUCCUCUGCUGACCAGAGAGGGCAGCGUUCCCGCCUCUCCUCUGCCCUGUGAGCUCAACACGGCCAUCACCUGUAGGGAUGACAUUGCCCCGCCCCCUAUCUUACCCCGGAGACACACCCACCCGCCAUCCAGCCACGCCCAGAAGCCUCGCAGCCAAGGCGACAGUCGCCAGCGGAGACGCCGCCGCACCACCUCCACGAGGUCAUCAGAAGGCGCCACGUCUGCCGACGCCCCCGCCGUCUCGGCCCAGCCAACCAGGUUCCAGACGCCGUUAGUGGGAGGAGCUAGACUCAGCAGGUCUGGUGGGCCACAGCCCGGCUCCGCCCACACGCCGGCCAGGAAGAAAAAGGACCGACACCGAUACCAGUACGGCAACCACAGCCGUUACUACGGCUACCACGGUUUCUAUGGUGACGGGUGGGAGGGGCGGGUGGGAGCGGAGGAGGACCCCCGGCUCCGGCUGCUCAAAGACGAUUGGUUCAGACACAAGAAGGCGCUGGACAUCGGCUGCGGCGCCGGUCACGUGACGCUGGCCAUCGCCAGGCGCUUCGGCCCCGCCCACAUCCUGGGAGUGGACCGAGACGAGCGAUUGGUCCACGCUGCCAGGCAGAAUGUCAGACACUUCCUGUCACAUGACCUGGUGGUGGAGGAGAGGAGGGGGAGGGGGAGGGGAGAGGAGGAGGGAGGAGCAGCAGAGGAGAGAGAGAAGGCAGGAGAGAGGAAGACAGAGGAGGAGGAGGUGAAGGAGGAGGAGGUGAUGAAGAAGGAGGAGGAGGUGAAGGAGGAGGAGGAGGCGAUGGAGGCGGCGGUGCAGCAGGUGGUCUCCCUCCUCUCCCUCCCCCUGUCGUUCAGGGUGAGUCGGGGGCCGCUGUGCGCUCCUCCUCUGCUCCUCCCUGCUGGCUCCGCCUUCCCCAACAACAUCACCUUCAUACAGGGCGACUAUGUGUCUGAGCGGGAGGCGUGGCCUGGGCGGGGCCAGUAUGAUGUCGUCAUGUGUCUGGGCGUGACCAAGUGGGUGCAGCUCCAGUCGGGGGACGAGGGCGUGGCCCGGCUCUUCAGACGGGCCUAUCAGAGCCUGUCGCCGGGCGGACUCUUCCUGCUGGAGCCGCAGCCGUGGAGCAGCUACAGCCGCAGCAAGAGAGCCUCGGAGACGACAUACCGUAACUAUAGAAACCUGCGACUGAGGCCCGAGAAGUUCACCAGCUACCUGACGGAGAAGAUCGGCUUCACCUCCUACAGACUGCUGACACACACAGGCAACCAGAGGCCGGUCUACCUGUUCCACAAAGGCUCCACCUCCAGGAAGUGAUGUCACCGCCCCGGGACACUACGCGGCCCGGCUCCGUGUUUCCACGGCAACAGCCACAAACUCUUGAUUGAUCAAGUCGAGGAUGCUGAUUGGUGGACGCAGACAAGGCGGAGUCAGAUGGUGGGACAAGAAAGAGUCAUAGCUCCUGUUGCUAUGGUUACACACACACACACACACACACACACACACACAGAGCGAAGGCUUUCGGAGCCAACAUGGCCUCCCCUGGACAGAGUGCUCAGAGCCAAAAUGGCUGCCAGUCUGCUUUCAUGGCUUCCCGUUGGCUCCAAGAUGUCUGACACAGGAAGUCUAGACAGUUCUUUCCUGACGAGUGUUUCACGAGCCGGUUGUCACGGUAACGAGAUGAGACUGUAACGACAGAAGAAGCUGACAUCUGAUUGGAGGACGGGGUUCACCUCCUGUUAUCCACUGUGAGCAAGGACAUGAAUGUGAUUGGACGGUUUUCCUGACAAAUCAAAUUGAUGAAACUGACCCGAACGCCAUGUGGCAGGAAGUCGACACACAGCAAAGCAUUGUGGGUCGCAAUGUGGGCGUGUCAUCUGGUCCUGGAACGUGAUUGGACCAGAGACAGGAAGUGCUGCGUCCUGAUUUGUGGGAUGUUUUUCUUUUCAGAUUAUUUUGCUGUUUCUGUUUGGGAGAAUAAAGCGAGUCUGUUUGCCUUUCA